AAAUUAAAUUGGCGCGAAACACAAAUUUUUGCGUUGAUUGACGGACGUGUUUCAAUUUUCAUUACCAGAAAAUUUUGACGCAGACCAUGAAUAGUGCCGCUUUACCCAAAGAAAAGGCUUCAGAGCCCGAGGAAGAAGCUCGUCAACCGUCUGUUGAAACCAAAAUGCUUUGUAAUCAGCCAAAGAAACUGACGUUUGCUAAAAGCGUUGAUUUGACUGAAAAACCAUCUUCGCAGACAAGCAGCUCAUACAAGGUUGUGUUGAGCCAGCCUCCACUUGAGCUCUCUCAUAGCGAGAGACUGAUCUGGCUGCAGAAGCGCCGUACGGCUGGCCUGUGGGUACAAUGCGACGAAUGUGACCGCUGGCGGUAUCUGCCUAAUGUCCUCGACAGACACGAAUUGCCUAAGAAAUGGUAUUGUCGGAUGAAUACAGAUCCUGAAUUCGCCAGUUGUUCUGUACCCGAAGCUCCACUGCGUCUCCAUGAUGAGGAAGACUUGAUCCAUAGCGAGUAUGCAGCCGGGUCGCUGGUGUGGGCCCGCCUAGGUGGUUGGCCAUGGUGGCCUGCCAUGGUGGAUGACUGUCCCGACACUGAGCAAUACUACUGGCUUGAUGGCUUCUCUGAUAUACCCACUCAUUACAAUGUUGUAUUUUUUGAUGCUAUGGAAGUUACUCGAGCGUGGAUUGCUCCUGAACAAUUAAAACCAUAUUCUUCUAACAAAGAAAUGACAAAACUUUUGUUGAAAAAUAAGAAAUAUUACAAUCGUCUUAAAGCGGCCAUAGCACAGGCAAAUGAGGCUGAAAAAGUUCCGUUAGAAAUUCGCCUAGCUCGUUUCAGCUUCAUAGCUAGACACAAGGGAAAAGUUAUCAGUCCUAAAAAGCCAGAGAAAAAAGAUUUAAAGAAAUACCAGAAACAAUUAAAGAAGAAGUUUAAUGUUGAUUUUCCGAUUGAGUCUUCGGAUUCAGACGAUGACACUGUUGAGAGCUUUAAGGCGAUGCAGAAAAAUAAUAAAAACGUAAUUAUUUUGGGUACCCCGAAAAAAAGGGCUAGGAAGGAAAACAAAUGUAGUAAAAUAAACGAUCAAAAUGUAGAAGAAAACAAUUUGCCCGGUGAUAUAAAUAUCCAAAAACAAAAUGUUACCGAGACACAAAAUUCAACGAAUGUUGAAUCUUUUUGCAAUGGGAAUAAACCAUCAAACUCUAUGAUAGUUCAAAUAGGAAGUACGGAGGCAGACUCUAUUGAUAAUGAUACUUCUGCAACGUAUGUGCCGGAGAGCGCCACCGAGCAGCUAAAUCUUACCAUCAGGAUGGAUACACCGAACAGUGAUGAUUUUGACUUUUAAGUGGUACCUACCUACCUACGUGUAAUAAUUAGUACCUAUUUAUAUUUAAGUUCACGUGUUAGCUCUUACGAAUGUAAUAAAUGUUUGAUUUUUAUUUAAAUUCGUUUUAUUUAUUAAAAAGAAAGUAAGUCUAAAUAAUGAUUAUAAGCCCCGCAAAACCGUUGCAAUGGUUUGACUGAAGGGUCAAUAAUGUUUAACUUAAAACACUUUACCUUAUCCUCGGAGAGAGUGGUGUACUUUACAGUAAGUAACUACAGACAGCAUAAAAUGACGUGAGGUGAGUUGAAGGCUGGUGAAAAAGAAGAUGUAAAAUCGAUAGCAACUAGAGCGUCGUGGGGACCUAUUUAACUUGACAAAAAAGUCGUUGAAAACCAUAGCAUGUUUAUGUUUUCCUCUUCAGUGGUGUUGAGAAUACUUGGAAAAGACUGGAUAAACCUGAGCAUGUCAGAUAUAGAUACUGUGUAUGCUGGUAAAGUGGCGUGGUAAAUAGGGGUAGGUACCUAUAUUCGAUGCAUAUAAAAAUGGUGUAAAUACAGCUCUACUUACCUCGUAAUUAAUCCAUUACGACUCUUUUCACUACUGUUACUCAAGGUUAAUAAAGGCUACCCUACGAGCUACCCUAAAAAUUCAAAAUAUUGUAAUGCAAUAAUAUAUACUCUGUGGUAAUAUUUUUAAAGUCUCUGAUUGAUUACUUUUAUCAUCUGUGGAUGUAGAGGCAAGGCAAAGGCAAGGAAAAUCUGAAAAUUAUCCAUCAAGUUGGAAAAAGAAUUUUCGCUGGUGCCUAGACGUCGUAUAUAUUUGUUAAAACUCUAAAUAGUAAAUCGAGUGACUUGUGUUUCACGAUAGCUGCAGCAUUUGCUGUAGA